UACAAAUUUCAUAUUAAAUUUAUUAAUUAAUAAUGCCACGGCGUUGCUGUGUUCCCAAUUGUAAGGGAAAUUAUGACAGCACUUUAAAAGAUAACAAUUAUACUUCAAUAUUUUUGCUACCUAAAGAUGAGGAAUUACGGAAAAAAUGGAUAGCUGCUAUUCCUCGUAAAAAUUAGACACCAACAAAAUAUUCUGCAGUAUGCAGUCUGCAUUUUGCAGAAACUGAUAUUGAAAGGUAUCAGAGUAUUUUAUCUCCUACUGGUGUACUGGAAAAUGUUUUGUUGAGAUGUCCAAGGCUUAUUACGGAUGCAGUGCCUUCUAUUUUUCCUAAUUCACCUUCAUAUCUAACAAAACAUGUGCUACCACAGAGGAAAGAUCCUGCAGAGCGUCAGGAAAGAAUUAUUAACAAUAACGACAAUUUAGUUAAACAAUUUAUUGAAUUUGAUUUAAUUAAUAACUAUACAGAAUUAGUGAAUACUUAUAAAGUAAAGCUUAUAAUUGCUAAUUGUUGGAACAUUAAAGUAACCACUUCAAAAAUUUAUUUUUAUAUGCUUGUAAAUAAUGAUUCUGAUUUUUUGACAGUUUCAACACAGAUCGUGAUUGCUGAUGACAUGACGCUAGAAAUUUGUGAAGAAGGUAAUAAAUUAUCAUUUACUGAUUUAAAGUGGGUACUGCCCAUAGAUCAGAAAUUGUCUAGGUGGUCCCAACUUCAGAAUAUAUUAACUAGAUAUAAAGUUAAGGUAACACAUGCUACACAUUCUAUUACUGAUGUAUGUCUUAUUGAAAAGCAUCUAGAGAAGUCUCUAGAAGAACUUAAUAAAGCAUAUAUCAUUGCUGAAUCAACUGAAUUUGCUUACACUAAAAAUCUUGAAAUAGUAAUAGAUCAAAUUAGACAAAUUAAAGCUAAAAAAAAUAGAUACAGUUCAUGCACCAUUAUUAUGGCCUUCUCAUUAUAUAGCCAAUCGUCGGCUGCGUAUAAUUUAUUAAGAAGUUUUUUUAUUUUACCUCACAAACGCUAUUUACAAUAUUUAUCAUCUAAUAUAACUGUUUCACCCGACAAUGAUAUAAAAAACGAGCAUUAUCUUUUUAAUACAUCAGCAAAUUUAACAACUAGAGAAAAAGUAGUAAUUUUAUUAAUUGAUGAAAUUUAUAUUAGUUCAAAAUUACAGUAUAAAUCAAAUAAACUCGCAGGCUGCGCUACAAAUACGACCGAGUUAGCAAAAACGAUUUUAGCGUUCAUGAUAACUUCAGCUUUUGGAAAUUUUUCUGAAAUCGUUAAAUUAUUACCAGUUUAUAAUAUUACCGGAAAUGAAAUGAUACCAAUUGUUUACAAAAUCAUAGAAUCGGUUCAAAAAUGUGGUUUUGAAGUCAUUUGCAUUGUGACAGAUAACCACAGAAUUAAUAGAACUUUGUUUUCUAAAUUAUCUGAUAAUGGUAUAAGUUUUCCAAAUCCUUCACAACCCAAUAAAACAAUUUUUCUUUCUUUUGAUUUCGUUCACAUACUCAAAAAUAUAAGAAAUAAUUGGUUAAAUUUAAAAAAUAUUGAUCAAACUUUUCAUUUUCCUAACUUUUUACAAACGAAUUACAAUUAGCUCAUUUUAACGAUUUACGUACGGUUUACAAUCUGGAGAAACAUUUGGUUAUUAAGAAAGCUUAUAAAUUAAAUUUCAAAUCAUUAUAUCCUAGUAAUUUUGAUCGGCAAAAGGUUUCCCUCGUCGAUAAUAUUUUCGAUCAUUCUACAAUAGCAGGUUUGAAAGCUUUUAAUUAUAUUAAUACGGCACAUUUUUUGGAAAUAUUUCGCAACUGGUGGGACAUUGUAAAUAAUACUAGUAGUAUAAAAGGGAACAAAAAAAGAAAUGAAUUUAGUAAACCAAUUUUGAAUAUUAAUGAUUGUAGAUGUCAAUUUUUGAAAAAAUUUGUAACCUGGUUAAACUGUUGGCGAACUGUAGAAACGAACGGGCAUUUGACAACUGAUACUUUUACAGCGCUACAUCAAAGUACAACAGUUCUUUUAUUACUUAUAGAA